AUGGCAUUCCAGUACACCACGGCCGAUGAACCACCGCCUCCACCACCUCCGCCGCCGUACUGGAACGGUCAGCACCAUCAGUCACUGCCACAGUCAAGUUACAGUUGCUUUGCUGGACAACCCUCUGGAGCGGAUUACAGAAUCCCCAGCUUUGGACUGGGCGUUGAUUACAUAAGUCAAGGAAUGGGGCACACCAGUGGAUAUCGUGGACAAGGACAUAGCUGGAUCAAUGAGAAUUUUCAAAUUUCAAAAAUUGUUCGGGAGGAAAUUCAGAGAGCUAUUGAGAAGGAGAGGAUCAGGGAUGAGAUAAUUGCUGGCGAGAUUGCCCGUAGAAGAAUAUUGGAGGCUGAAGUAAGGGAAGAACUUAGAAUGGAGAGAGAACUGGCAUUGAGAGUUAAAGAAGGGAGUACAACGGACAAAGUUCCAUAUCCAGUGGAUACGGGGAUACCCUUGGCACCGAGGGGAAAUCCCUUCCUGCAAGAAGCUAAGGGACUUACACUGGAAGAAAGAAUAGCAAUGUAUGUCGAAGAAAGAUUAAGGAUGCGAGCAAGGCUUGAGGCUCAGGGAUUUGAUGCUGUACCAUUUCAGCCGAUCAGGACCAUUAACCCCAAGGUUGAAGCGGCUGUAUCUUCUCUUUCAGAAAGUGGCCGACAGAAAGAGAAAAUUGUUUUUCUGGUUAAACCUGGUGCCAAUCCUUCUGUAGCUAAGAGCAAAGCCGUAUCUCCAUCAGAAGAGAGUGCAAAUCUUCUUCUCAGAGUUGGAAAUAGGAAAGGGAAUGGAUCGUGGAGUUGUGAGAUUUGUGGAGUUAGUACCACUAGUGAGCGUGUCUUAAACGAACACAUCCAAGGAAAGAAACACAAAGCUGCAUUGCAGGGAAAGAGGAAUGGCUGUUACAUCGGGCUUGGUGUUCUACCGAAUAAUAAUCUGAAAUCCAUGAUAGAAGUUACUCCUGUUUUGAACCCGGCACAAGAGCUGAAAUCAGGUGGAGAAGUGCCACAAAUUGGCCAAAGUGAGCCUUCAUCAUUGCAUAAUGUUUCGUCAAAAUGUUUGGAUGAAAAUAGCGUGUCAGUUAUGGCAAAGAACAGGAAACUGAAGGAGAAAAUACCACAGAAAGCCCCCAAUAAGCAAAAGGAGAAGGAUAACUUUAUGUUUUGGUGUGCUAUGUGCCAGGUAGGAGCCGACCAUGAAAAAGUGAUGGAAGAGCAUAGGAAUAGUAAGAAGCAUGCGAAAGCGCUUCAAAAGGCUGGUGAUAAUGAUCAAGCUAUAUUAAUCCCUCAUAUUAUAGGUAGUGUGGGCAAAAAUGGUUCUAAAGAAGCUACCGAAGGAGAUAAUCAAGCUUUUAAUAAUGUUAAUUGUACUACCAGAGAGGAUCAUGUGGAAAGUAAGGACUUAGAUGCCAGUGAGAAAGUCAAGCAGGAAAUCGAAACUGAACAUUUUGGUGAAGAUCCAACCUUGGGCUUCAGGGAAACUAGUAUACAAAAUCAGUCCCAAAGUCAAUGCCCUGAACCAGAUAAUUGUUACUGGCGCUCCUGGCCUUCACGAGUCUCUCUAGCCACGGAGGAGAACUCCUGGGAGAUGAUUCACAAGAAUAGGCGAUAUGCUGGACAACGGGAUGUAUAUCAUUAUGAUCAGCUGCAGGAACAGUUGAAUGCACAGUUUGCAAGACCUCAAAUAUCCCGUGACCAAGGGGUCAAACCUGGUGUUGAUGUUUCUCGAACAAAGAGUAAAGUUGUUCCUCCUGCAGAAGAGAGUGUAAAUCAGCUCCUCAGCGUUGGUAAUUCAGAAGGGAAUGAAGUGUGGAGCUGUAAGAUUUGUGGAGUGAGUACCACUAGUGAUCGUGUCUUAAUUGAACACAUCCAAGGAAAGAAACACAAAGCUGCGUUGGAUGGAAAGAAGAAAGGCUUUAAUAUUAGGCUUGGUGUUCUAUCCAACAAUGAUCUGAUGCCCGUCAUGGAAGUUAGUCACGUUUCAAUUUCGGAACAGGAGCUAAUAUCAGGGGAAGAAGAUCCACAGAUUGGUCAAAGUGAUCCAUCAUCAUUGUGUAUUCUUUCUACAAAAUGUUUGGAUGAAAAUAGCACGUCAAUAAUGCAAGGCGAUGCAAAGAACAAGAAACCGGAGGACAAAAUUCUACAGACAUCCCUCAAUGAGCUAAAGAAAAAGAAUAAUUUUACGUUUUGGUGUGAAAUGUGCCAGGUUGGAUCUGACCAUGAAAAAGUGAUGGAAGGUCAUUGGAAAGGUAAGAAACAUUUGAAAUCGCUUCAAAAGGCUACUGGUCAAGCUAUAUUAAUCCCUCAGAUCUUGGGCACUCAGGGUGAACAUGGUUCUAAUGGAGCUACUAAAAGAGAUAAUCAAGCAUCUGAUAAUGUUGAUGGGACUACCAAAGUGGAACAUGUGAAAAGUACGGUUUUAAAUGGCCAUGAGGAUGUCAAACAGGAAGUUGAAACUUCAAUUUCUGGUGAAGGUCCGACCUGGGGAUGCAGGGAGGCCAUUGUUAAACCUGAAGCCGAUAUCUCUGAAACAAAGAGGAAAGUUGCCUCUCCUGCAGCAGAGAGUACUGAAAAUCAGCUUUCCGUAAUUGGAAAUGCAGAAGGGAACAGAGUGUGGAGUUGUGAGAUUUGUGGAAUUACUACCACAAGUGAGCGUGGCUUAAUUGAACACAACCAAGGAAAGAAACACAAGUCCAAGGAAGCUGCUUGUGACAAAUGA